AUGGCAUGGGACUUCGAUGACGAGUUCAUAAGGUUCAAAGUAACUGUGGAGACCCGGGGCUACAUCGGAGUGGGGUUCUCUCCAAAUGGCGGUAUGAAGGGUUCGGAUAUAGUCAUCGGCUGGGUGGACGACGUCACUGGUCAGGGGUACCUGUCUGAUCGUCACGCCGUAGGUCACUCUGAGCCUCUGGUAGACGCCAGUCAGGACUACACUCUCCAUUACAGUCAUCAGAACGGCACCCACACCGUUCUACAGAUCAGCCGUAAACUACAACUGUGCGGAGACGAAGAUCACUUUCUGACGGUGACCAUUCCCACAAAACGAACCACAUACUGGUGUCAGACAUUCCCCCUUCCAAGAUUAAAUAAAAAACACCAUGUCAUCAAGAUCGAGCCUGUCAUACAGCCCGGACUAGAGUCCGAACUGCACCACAUUGUCAUGUACAACUGUUACCACAACGUCAGUAACGAAACCGUCAGCACGGGCUAUGAGUGUUUCUCCAGGAACAUGCCUUCAGAACUCGGGGAGUGUACCUACAUAAUUGCAGCGUGGGCCGUCGGGGGUGGCCCUCUGAUCUUCCCAGCACACGCCGGACUUCCGUUUGGCGUUGAGGGCGAUGCCACGUUAUUGAUGAUGCAGACUCACUAUGACAAUCCCCAAGGGAAGCAAGGCCUUGUCGAUUCGUCCGGAUUUCGCUUCACGUUGACCCCUGACCUCCGGAAAUAUGACGCUGGUCUCCUAACAGUCGGGGAGACAAUCGGAACAGGACAAGUUAUCCCACCUUUUGCUGAUAGCUUUAAGACAGUUGGUUAUUGUCACCCGGAAUGUCUUUCACAGGGCAUGGGAGACAACACUCAAGGUAUCACAGUGUUCGCUAGCAUGCUGCACUCGCAUUUGCUUGGACAUGCCAUGCGCGUGAGACACUUCCGGCAGGGUGCUGAGCUGCCAGUGCUGUCAGAAGACAACAACUACGACUUUAACUAUCAGGACACCAGGAUGAUGAGGGAAGAGGUGAAAAUCUUGCCGGGGGAUCAUCUUGCUAUGGAAUGUGAUUACAGGAGCACCAACCGAACCGAAGUCACUUUCGGCGGCCUGUCAACAAUGAACGAGAUGUGCCUGGCUUUCCUUAUGUACUACCCGCGUAUCGCUCUCGGCAGGUGUAGAACCACCCCUUCCCCUCAGUAUCUGGCCUCUUUCAUCGGUGCCAAAAUAGGGUAAGUUAAUCAAGGCGAAAAUUCGUAGUGCAACGUAAGCUUCUUAUAUUUUCUGGUGUUAAUCAGAAUUUUUGGUAUCCUUAAAGGGAUGGUAAAGAAAUACACGAAAACUGAAAGCGAUGCUGACAAAGUUGCUUUUCUUCCAUCUGCAUGUAGAGCGGACGUUCUCCUGGUCGUC